AUGGCGGCUCGCAAAAGGACAAUUGAAGAAAUCAUGAAUUCUGACACAGAUACAGACGAAUCGGACUUUGAAGGGUUUUCUUUGGAGUCAGAUAUCAGUUUGGCAUCUGAUAUUUCCGACGAGGAGACAUCCGACGUGGAAUCGGAUGAUGAAAAACGUAUUUUCGACGAGUGGACAAGGUUUUCCGACAUAACGGUUGAUGAUUUCACUGCAAGAUCAGGCCCAAACCUACCGGACGGGUUUGAUGUCGACACAGCAAAACCUCUGGACUACUUUUGGUUGCUCUUCAAUGCUGAAGUCUUCGCAGAUAUGGCCCGACACACGAACAGUUACGCUCGAUGGAGGAUGGAACAGAGAAACAAUGCUGAUCCAUACUGGACUGACACAAGUACUAAUGAGAUUCAGGCUAUGGUUGGGAUGGAGAUUCUAAUGGGAAUCAACCAGCUCCCUGACAGUAGAAUGUACUGGUCCAAGAAUAAGUUCAUGGGGAAUCAGGGUAUAUCAGAAGUAAUGACAUGCAAUAGGUAA